AUGGCAAGAACAGCAAGCCCACUGGCAUCAAUCUGGGCAGCAGCAUCCUCACCACCGGCCACGUGGGUUACACAUCCCCGUCGUGUCUGCACCUGCCUCGCAAUCGUAUACCGCAUCUUCCGUUGGUCCGGCGGGGUUUCCGUCCGCGCCAACGACAUGGAACGGGAGUCGCAGCCUCAGCCCGCCCCAUUUUUCCGACGAUCCAGAAGCACGCCGACGGACAAUCUCGCAGCCACGUGCGUAUGCGCGCCCGCACCCAUACCCGACGCACGAACGCCCGUCGCUGCAUAUACAAACGUCGGUGCAGCCGCCAUCGCCACGGAGUCUGCAUGUGGGCCAGCGACGCUCGAUAGUGCGAUCAUCGCCGCCUCGAAGUGCGUCAGAUCGCCAGACCUACCUGUCUCUUCGCCCAUCCUCGUCAUCAAGUACUGGAGAUGGCUCACCUUCACCGGUGGUACCGCCACCCGCGUCAUAUUCGUCGCAGUCUGCCCACUCGACGAGGUCUACCCACUCGCGCGGCUCAUCUCACUCGCAGCCACUGCUCCCGGUACUAGACAAGGGACGCACCUGGAUGUACCGCUGGUGAACACGCCUCAGUCGCGAUCAUGGGAGCAGCCUCAGUCAUUUCCAUCGUCGCUGAGAGCAACACCGUCUCCAACUAGUGAGAACACUCCUGGGCCAUGGCAGCAUCAGACGCGAACGCACCAUGCUGCUCCAAGCGAGUCGACGCCCACGAGGCGGUACACCAUGCCUCCCGAGGAAGAGAUGCCACUGGGAGUUGCUGGUCCGGGACCCUCGAGCGCGGAGCAGAUGUAUGCGGGCGAGCAGCGAUACGAAAGCUGGAGGCCUGGGCCGCCACCAUACGAGGAAGCCCAGCCGACUGAAUCGCAUAGAAGGCAGAGAGGUAGACUCGAGCAGGGCUUGGGGGAUAUUGACAUCAGUCCCCCUGAUUCGCCCUCGAAUGUGGUAUUACCAGCCAGUCGAAAACGGAAGCUUGGUAGAAGCGAGCCACGGUGGCAGGGUGCAGAUGGGCCGGAAGAAAAUCAAGCGGAGCAGAGUCUGGGUAGGGAGAGAAGACCACUACCGAGGAGACACAAGCCGAGUUCUGGAGAAGGGCAGCAGCUGUGGCUGGAGGGGCAGGGGCCUGGACAUCAGGUGCAAGAGGGCUAUGGCGACAUGCCCAUGGGGUACCUCGUCGAGGGUCAGUCCCCAUUAGCGGUUCGGCUAUCAGACAUCGAAGGGGCGGGUAGAGCACGUCCACCGUCAGGAAGACUGCCGAGCAUAAAUGAAGUAUUCCAGAGCACAUUGCCGCCGCAUUUACCACCAAGGGAAGGCGUCGAAUGGAAGAAUCAGCGUUUGCAAGGGCCAGACAGGCCGCUACCCGAGCACCUAAGACCUGAGUCGCCUGAGGAUGCUGCCCAGGAGAGGAGGACGAAGGUACGGAAAGUUGAGAAGGUGGUUAUCGCGUGCGAUUUCUGUCGAAGCCGGAAGCUAAAAUGCGACGGACACAAGCCGCAGUGUGCGAACUGCUCGGUACGGAGUCUGAAGUGCAUGUACGCCGCUAAGCCGCGACGUCGAGGGAAAGGCAAGACUCCCAAAGUGGCCAAGGCGAAGAGGGUGAAGCUUCCAAAGAGUGAAGGGCCUCCGUUGGUGGAUCCCAGCAAGCCGCCACCGAAGUUCGCUCCGAGCGACAUGCCGGACAUGGCGGUGAAGUACACGGAGCUGCGGAGGAAAACCGGCGUGACGGAGGGCGGGAUGAUGCUGACAGGCGCCGAGAUUGAGCUCUCGACAAAAACGUUGUCGUCAUCGCCAUCAGCUGUCGUCGAACGGCAGGCCGGGGCCAUCCAACUGGCCCCGUCCACGACACAUUCGCAGUCGCACGUGGUUACCCGAAUAAGCAGUCCCAAAAGUCGCCGUCUCGAUGCUUCCGAAGUCGACGUGGACGUGGAUGAUCCAGAUCCCCUACCUACCUUCACCGAACGACAGAGAACUCACGACGACGAGUAUACGGAUGUCCAUAUGCGCGAGCGGGGGGAGUAA